AUGCCUUGCUCUGUUUUCGGCAACGAAGCGCCACAUCAGUCGACAAUUUCCCGUUGGUAUGGAGAAUUCAAACGUGGACGGUUGAGUCUUAGCGACGAUCCCAGGGAAAACGUCGAUACUGUGUGCAAACUCAUCAUUGAAGACAGACACGUUACAUAUCGCGAGAUUGAGACGUCCUUGAAGAUCUCAAAGACCUCACUUCAAAAAAAUUUACAUGAAGAAUUAGGAGUAAGAAAAUUAGUUUCUCAUUGGCUGUUGACUGAAGACAUUGUUAGUGGUGAUGAAUCGUGGAUUUACUGUGAAGAAAAGCCAACAAAAGUCAUCCGUUCUCAAAGUGUUUCGGAAAAGAUGGUCGCGACAUUUGUGUCAAAAGCGGGUCAUAUUGCAACAAUUCCUCUUAAUGAGCAAAUAACUGUUACUGCGGAUUGGUAUACCACAAUUUAUAAUGCAAGCUCGCACACAGCCCAAAAAAUAAGGCAGUAUUUAACUCCCAAUCUGAGUCCUAACGAUUUCUUUACUUUCCCGAAAACUAAAAACAGACGGCGUGGUCAAAGAUUCCAGUCACCAGAAGAAGCAGUUGACGCAUUCAAAAUGCCGUUUUGGAUCUUCUAG